UUUCACAGAAAUAUAUUUUAAGCAAAUAUUAAAAAUGAGCGGUUGGAAGCAGUACUUGGCUGGUGUGGCAGCCGCUUUUGGUGCCUUCUGCUUGGGCGCCAGCAUCGGGUGGUCGGGACCAGUUGAGAAGGAUGUUAGAAUGGGAGCAGCUUACAAGUUCGCUCCCACCUCCUUGGAAUGGGGCUGGAUCUCAUCGCUGCUGACAUUGGGAGCUGCCGCCUCGUGCAUCCCAGCUGGAAUUCUAAUUGCUAUCUUUGGACGUAAGAUAACGAUGCUGGGACUGACGCCCCCCUUCAUGAUUGGCUGGCUGCUGAUCAUCAUUGCCCAGAAGCCAUAUAUGCUAAUGAUUGGACGCUUCAUUGUGGGAGCCUGUGGGGGAGCCUUCUGCAUCACGGCUCCCAUGUACAACACGGAGAUCGCCGAGCUGAGCAAGCGCGGUGUCAUGGGCUGCUUCUUCCAGCUGCUGAUCGUUCACGGCGUACUCUAUGGCUUUAUCGUGGGUGCCUGCGCCAAAGUUAAAUUGAUGAACAUACUCUGCGCCAUCCUGCCUAUCAUCUUCUUUGUGUUCUUCCUUUGGAUGCCGGAGUCGCCCGUCUAUCUAGCCCAGAAGGGAAAGAACGACAAAGCGGAGAAGGCGCUGAAGUUUCUGCGUGGCAAGGACGCCGACGUCAGUGCAGAGGCUAGCCAAAUGGCAAGCGAAGGACAAAAGGAGAAGGUCAAGCCGAUGCAGGCCCUCUGUCGCAGGAACACUCUCAAGAGUCUGGCCAUCUCAAUGAUGCUGAUGGUGUUUCAGCAGGUGACUGGGAUCAAUGCAAUCAUCUUCUACUCCACUGGGAUAUUCACAGCUGCCGGCACUGGUCUUACGCCCUCGACCUCAACCAUUAUCAUCGGGUUGGUUAUGGUUAUUGCCACCAUCAUCUCCAUCGCUCUGAUCGACCGAGUGGGCCGCAAGAUUCUGUUGCUCAUCUCAGCGGCUCUAAUGUUCAUAACUACAAUGCUUAUGGCCAUUUAUUUCCAGUGGCUGACACUGAAAGAUGUUGGCUGGCUGCCCGUGCUUGCCAUUUGCGUCUUCAUCAGUGGAUUCUCAUUUGGAUUUGGACCCGUACCCUGGCUGCUGAUGGCUGAACUGUUCGCUGAGGAUGCCAAGCCUGUGGCCGGAGCCAUUGCUGGCACAACAAACUGGAUGUGUGCUUUUCUAGUGACUCUGGCCUUUCCUCUGAUCAAGGACGAAUGGGGUCCUGCCGCGUGCUUUUGGAUAUUUGCAGCCGUCUCCUUUGCCGCCAUCGUCUUCGUUCUGUUCCUGGUGCCCGAGACUAAGGGCAAGACUCUGAACGAGAUUCAGGGACUGAUCGCUGCCGGCAAGAAGGAUUAGAGGGGGCAUCUCAAUGUUUUCGUUGUGAUAUACACUUGUAAAUCCCAUUUAUGUUAAUACAAAACGGCCAUUCUGGUUUGGC